AAAACACACAGGGAUCCUCAAUGUCUCCACCCAACUUUAGUGUAUAUUUAAACAGUAUUUUAGCAUUGAGCGCUCACUGAUAGUCUUCAUCAUGACCAUCAUCAUCUCUGUGCUCCUGCUGGUUUCUCUGGUGCCACACCUGACCUUCACUGCUUAUGUGCAUAUAACGGACGGCAGGGAGGCAAAACCUCACUCCAGACCUUACAUGGUUUCUGUUCAGAAGAAAUGUCAACAUAUCUGUGGUGGAUUUCUGAUUUCUGAACAGUUUGUCUUGACUGCUGCACAUUGCUGGAACCAAGGUGACACUCUGAAAGUUGUGGUUGGUGCCCAUAACUUGGCUGACAGUAAGAGUUUGAUCCAUUUUAAAGUGAAAUCCUACAUCAAGCAUCCAGGCUACACAUUGUUUCAAAAUGACAUCAUGCUUUUGAAGCUACAAGAGAAAGUCAAACUAAACAAAAACAUUAGACUGAUAUCAUUACCAAAGGAUGGAAAAGAUGUUAAAGCAGAUACUAUCUGCAGUGUGGCUGGUUGGGGGGAUCUAUGGAAUAAUGGCCCAGUGAGUGACCGUCUAAUGGAAGCUAACACAAGUAUAGUGAGCGAUGCAGAGUGUGAACGCAGAUGGGGAUCUGUUUACAAGGACUCAAAGAUGAUGUGUGUAUAUGGUCAUGGUGGAUCCUGCACUGGUGACGAAGCAGGUCCUUUGGUUUGUGGAAACACUGCUGUUGGUGUCACAGCUUUCGGUGACCGUUAUCUCUGUAAUUCACGCCUGUAUCCUAAUGUGUAUACCAAGAUUUCAGCAUAUCUUCCAUGGAUUCGCAACAUAGUUGGAAAUUGUGACUGA